AUGCUUCGGGAUGCAUGUCGACACGAAGCUCUAGCGAAAGUGGUUCUCCAGUCGCCCGAAUUCUAUCAGCUGUUUGAUUAUGUACAAGGUACGGCUUUUGAUGUCAGUUCGGACGCUUUCUCAACGCUGAAAGACUUACUGACACGACACAAGAGUCUUGUUGCCGAAUUUUUGACCACCAACUAUGACGAGUUUUUCAAGCACUAUUCGAACAUGAUUUCCGCUGAGAAUUAUGUCACCAACCGGCAAGCACUAAAGCUUUUGGGUGAACUACUACUGGAGCGGCACAAUUUCUCCGUGAUGACCAAAUACAUAGCCGAUCCUGAAAAUCUGAAACUCAUCAUGAACUUACUCAAGAGUGAAAAGAAACAGAUUGCUUUCGAAGCGUUUCACUGCUUCAAGCCACACUACUUUGUUUUCUCUCUCCACCCUCCACACGUUGUACUCUCCCAACAGGGAUUGUCAGUAGGCAGUAUUUCAAGCAUUUUGCAAUGGUUUAGUCGCUGUCACGGGUGUGCUUUGGACUCCCUAGAUCUGAGGUUCAAAACCCGCCGUCGCCGGCCAACUUUGGUGAUAGGUAACUUUUCUGUCGUCCUGUUUACUAUCGAGCGAAACCUAUGGGGGCCUUAUUUGGCUAGCCGCUCCCUUGCACCAUGCAAAGUGCUCUUAUACGGCCAAGCGUCUCAGAUAGUCUCUUCUGAUGAGGCCCUACGCUCAGCCUUCCUGUAG